UCGGCAACUCUGGUACAACUCUUAUCCAAGAUGCGCAGUCUUCUCGUACUUCCCCUGUUGGUGGCCCUUGUGGCUGGAGCAACGCUUGAUUUUAAUCACUACUGGAAUGCUCAGGAGAUCAACGAAUACAUCGAUGAGCUGGUUCGAGAUUUCCCAACGCUAGCGACCGCUGUUAACGUUGGUACCAGUACCGAAGGACGCCCGAUUCGUGCGAUCCGCGUCAGCAAGAACAAUGUCGCUAACCGUCCGCUGGUCAUCGUCGAAGCAGGACUGCGCGCACGCGAAUGGAUCUCUCCAAUGUCCGCCAACUACAUUCUGCACGAGAUCGUCGAGCAUUACUACGAGUUUGAGAACAUUCUGGAUAACGUGAACUUCCUGGUGGUGCCACUAGUUAACCCGGACGGUUAUGAGUUUUCGCGCACCUCCAACCGCCUGUGGCUGAAGUCACGCAGUGUUAACGGAAAUGGAUGCUUCGGUAUUGAUCUAAACCGCAACUUUGGUCACCUGUGGAACACCGUUGGUGGAAGCACUGAUCCCUGCUCGGACAGCUUUGUUGGAACUGCUGCCUUCUCUGCUCCGGAAACGGCUGCGUUACGUGAUCUUAUCCAAAGCAACAGUGCCAACCUGGUCCUGUACGUCAGCAUCCAAUCGGCCGAUCAGAUGGUGCUGUAUCCGUUCUCGCACAGUGCCACAACCAAUCCGAGCAAUGUGGCCGAGUUGCGCAAUCUCGCCAACAGUGUUGCACUCACGUUGAUGAGUCGGAAUGGACGAAUCUUUACGAGUGGUGGUGCUGGACUGCUCCAGCCGGCUGCUUCGGGUAGCAGUAUCGACUUCGUGGCGGGUACUGUUCAACCAGAUCUAGUGUAUACGCUAGAAACUGGUGCCGGUGGUAACUAUGGAUAUGAUGUGCCGGAAUCUCAGAUGGCUGAGAUUCUUAGCGAGACGACGUACGGAUUCCUCACGAUGGCGGAAUACGUAGCGAACAAUAAAUAA